AUGUCUCAGAAGCUAUGUUUAGCUCUUUGUAUCUGCAUGCUUUAGCAGGGAAUUGGUAAAAAUAUAUGAUUAAAUGGAGCCUCCGCUUCAAGAGAACAUCGGCUGUUGUUGCAGCUCCUAAUAACUGACUCAGUGGUUUACUUGCAAGCUCACCAGUAAGAAAAAUGAGAAUAGAUGAACAUUUUAAAACGAGUCCCAAAAUUCCAGGGAUUGACUUGAAUUGCACCAGAGUGAUGUUUAAUAAGCUAAUGACAUCUCAGCCUUCUACAUUGCGUGACCAGAUCUUAAAAAGCUUUGAAAGCUUGAUCCCCCAGCUGCCUAGCUCCCCACCAGAUGUUGAAGCCAUGAGGAUCUAUCUGAUUCUUCCGGAAUGCCCUCUCUUUCAAGAUUCAAAAUAUUACGUUACCUUAACGCUUCCUUUGGCAAUGGCGAUAAUGUGCCUGGAGAAAAAUCCCAGUAAAGUUUUAGAAAACUGGUGGUCUCAGGUAUGCCCAGAGUAUUUCUUGAGACUAGUGGAUCUCUAUAAAGAUGCCGUGCUUUAUCUCUUGAAUGGGAAAAAGACACUCCAGGUCCCAGUCUUGUACAGCAAUUACAUCACAGCUGCAUUAAAACUUCUGGAGAAAUUACACAAAGUAAAUCAAAAAGCUAACCACAUAGAAUAUGACAAAUUUUAUAUCCCAGAGAUUUCUAAUCUGAUAGAUAUUCAAGAAGACUACCUGAUGUGGUUUUUGCAUGAAGCAAGAGUGAAAGUAAGACAGUCUAUCAUGCAGGAUUCUGUUACUCUGUGCUCUUAUCCUUUUAUCUUUGAUGCACAAGCCAAAACGAAGAUGUUGCAGACAGAUGCUAAACUCCAGAUGCAGGUACAGUGCCUUCUUUCA